UAGAGCCUUGCGCUGCCGCUGCCGUCAGAAGUGCUCUCUGGGACGGCGCUUGGUGCGGCGCUGAGGUGGUGACCGUGCCUCGUCUUUACGGGGUGACGGUGCCGACUGCUGAGGGGCAUGAAGAGGAGGGUCACUGGUUCGUGUGGCGUGCAGCAGGUGGCUCACUCCAAGGCAGACUGGGCGUGCAGCCUGCUAGGUCCUGGCUGACUGGACUCCCAGCCCUUCUCGGGGGCUGGCUGGGCUCUGCUCGCUCGCGUGCUGCCUCUAGCCAGUCCUUCGUGUCCAGUCCUUCGUGUCCUCUCUCCCUGGAGGUGGUAGAAACGGGGCAGCUUUUCCUGCGUUGCAGCAGACCUGUUGGAUUGUUCCUUCUGAUUCUUUGCUAGCCUGCUUGCUUGUCUUUCUCCAGCCCCUCUCCUCUCGCGUUGCCCGGGGUCAGAGUUCAUGCUGGUGAACGAUGUGUUUUCACUAGGAGGUGGAAGGGCUCACUUGAGCCCGGGAGACGGCGUCCCGGAGGGCGGCGUGAUGGGAGUGAGGGGCAUCGUCCUGGGGCACCACUUCUUGUUCUCUGCUGUUUUCAGAUUUCGUAGAUGGGGCCUCGCUCGUGUUCACAGUGCAGCACUCAGGGUUUGAUUAGCUCAUGGGGUUGCACUGCUGACCAGGUUAUCCAUGUGCUAGGAAAGCCGGAACUGUAUAGACUUUCCGUAGAAAUUGUGUGUGCUCAGAGAACAAAGGCACCGGCAGCCUCAUUACUCACCUUCCGGCUAAAAGGGAAUCGCAAGUAGCUAAACUUUCGAGAUGACCCUGACUGUGAAUUUGGAUGGAGAAGUGAAGUAGCUUUUGUAUUUAAUAAGAAUGUUGCUAGCACAGAUUGUAACAGUAUUUUUCUGUCCUACUUCUUCAGUUUGAGUUUAUUACUCAUUUAUAUUUUGGAGCUAAGAAAACAAAUCGUGUAUCUUGGAUCUCUCAAUAUUCCCUAAGCUAAUUUUGAAAGAAUCUGCCUACCUCAAACUCCAAUUUUUCUAUUUUCUUAGUUUUGUUAAUUUAUAGUCUUCUGAAACUAUCAGUCAGGAAAAAAUAUUUUACCUUCUGGCUAUAUGGAUUCCUACAGACAUCUUUUCAACAGUCUUAUUUUUAAUGUUGAUCAGGUUUUUUAUUUUCAAAAUUCUUAUUUCACCAAGGUAAUUAUUUUAACUUUAAUUUCAAAAUUAGGUUGGUAAAAUGCCAAAGGCAUGACUGAUAGCGAAAGUGGUUUGACAUGAUCUGGGUCAGACUGAGUUCCAGCUUACCGAGUUCUCGAAUUGGCUGUCAGGUCUGUAAACAGAAGUCUGUGGGGUGGACUGAACAGCGGUGGAGGCGGAGGUUAAUGUAUUCAUAGGUUGCUGCGGGCUGCUUUCUCCUCCCUUUCCCUCCCUUCCUUCCCUCCCUGAAUGGAUCUAGGGACACGGACUCGUGGGGGCACGUUCCGGCUGCUUUCAUUCUGCUCAGGACGGUCUGUGUUUCAGAUUGCGGAAGCGUGAGAAGCCUGUAACUGAGAGGCUGGAGCACAUUACAGGAGGAACACGUCCCAGAUUGUGCUUCAGGCGCCGAGGAGAGGAGCACACAGGGCAGUUCAGUCUUGCUUGUGGAUCGCAGCAGACUGCGCCUGAGAGAUGACCCGGGACGCUGUGUGCGCACUCCUGGCUUGAGCUUUCUAGCGGUGGGUGUGUGGUGUUGGAGUGGCAGGCCACGAGGCUCUGAGACUGGCAGGUGCCGUCUGUAUGGAGAAGAGCGGCUGUAGUCCAUUUCCAAUGUGUUGGGCUAAAGAAUAUGACAGAUACCUAGCAUCUAGCAAAACAAUGGCAGCUGCUUACCUCGACCCGAACUUGAAUCACACAGCGAAUCCCAGUGCCAAGACUCACCUGGGUCCUGGCAUGGAGCGCUCCCCUGGUGCCAUGGAGCGAGUGUUGAAAGUCUUUCAUUACUUUGAAAGCAAUAGUGAGCCAACCACCUGGGCCAGUAUUAUCAGGCAUGGAGAUGCGACUGAUGUCAGG